UGUGGUGCCUAUUUUUCCCCCCCUUUGUAAAAAUAAAAAAGCAUGUUUCUAACUCUUUUUUUUUUCUUUGCAUACCCUUUUUCUGAUAAGAUUUUUGUAUAGGUGGGAUCUUGCGGCAGUGUUUACAAGUUUGUGGGUUUGCGAUACUGGUACAAACCACUGAGCAAAGACAUGAAUUUUCUUAAUUUUUUUUUUUUUUUGUGCUCUUUUUUGGAAGCCGGGGAGAACAAAUUCGUUUUUGUUUUUGUUUUUUUUUUCCCUCCCCUACUUGUUUUUGGGAAUGAUAACAUGAAACUUUUCUUGUAGCUGGUUCCUGGGAUUAUUUUUAAGCAAAUAUUUUUUUCCCUCCUUUAAAUUAAGUGUGACUUUUGCACAUCUGCCUUUAAAAAAAAACCCCGAUAUCAUUUUAUGAAGGAUAUCCUGAUAUCUAUAUAUCUAUAUUAUCCCUUCUUCCUCCCUCUCCCCUCCCUGUAAAUCCAUUUUCAAAUGAUGGCAGUGGAAGGUUUUUCUGGAAAAAAAAAAAAAAUGAAGUGCGGUUUGGUUUCCUUGCCAACGGAGGAUGAAGUGAACAGCUGAGCAGCUCGCACAGAGCAGGAUUGAAACAAGCUGAGCCAACCAUGACCGGCAAAACACAGACCAGCAACGUCACCAACAAGAACGACCCGAAGUCCAUCAACUCUCGUGUCUUCAUCGGCAACCUGAACACAGCCAUCGUCAAGAAAGUUGACAUCGAAGCAAUCUUCUCAAAGUAUGGAAAAAUAGUCGGCUGCUCCGUUCACAAAGGUUAUGCGUUUGUACAGUACAUGAGUGAGCGUCACGCAAGAGCAGCAGUGGCUGGAGAAAACGCCAGGAUCAUUGCAGGCCAACCGCUUGUGCUAUUUUAUUUUAUGUUUUCAGAUAUCAAUAUGGCAGGAGAACCAAAACCAUACAGACCAAAACCUGGAAAUAAGAGGCCCAUUUCUGCACUUUACAGACUUGAGUCAAAGGAGCCUUUCCUGUCAGUUGGUGGUUAUGUCUUUGACUAUGAUUACUACAGAGAUGAUUUCUACAAUCGGUUGUUUGAUUACCACGGCCGUGUGCCUCCGCCGCCCCGCGCGGUCAUCCCGCUGAAGCGGCCCCGAGCAGCAGUGACGACCACCCGCCGGGGAAAAGGAGUUUUCUCCAUGAAAGGAGGAUCGAGGUCUGCUGUCAGCGGGUCUUCUUCAUCCGGCUCGAAAUUGAAAUCAGAUGAGUUACAGACAAUCAAGAAAGAAUUAACCCAGAUCAAAACUAAAAUUGACUCCUUGCUAGGGCGCCUGGAGAAGAUUGAGAAGCAGCAGAAGGCGGAGGCUGAAGCUCAGAAGAAGCAGCUGGAAGCGAGCCUAGAGCUGAUCCAGGACGAGUGCGUGUCCGAGAACGCGGAGCACUCGGCGGAGGAGCCGGCAGAGGGGGCGCCGGACGCCGACGGGGAGGAGCUGACCGACGGCGUGGAGGAGGACUUCGACGAGGACGGCGCCCACGAGCUGUUUCUACAGAUAAAGUGAUUUGAAGUAAUGAAUGAUGCCAUCAAAGCAGAAAAGAGAAACUGUGAAAACCCCCAGAAAUGUGAAAGGAGGUUUCCUACAGGAUAGCAGCAUCUUCGGUUCAAUUUAUAAAAACCCAAAUAAAUAAAAUGGACAGUAUUGUUCAAUUUUAGAAAUUCCAUUUCUUCUAUGUUCUAAGCUGUAUAAUUGUCAGGUUUUUAUGGUUUAGAUUGUAAAUGUGUUCUUCCCUUUGCUAAUUAUGUUUUUUUUUUUUAAGUCUUAAAAUGUGAAGGACAUUUAUGAAUGGUAAGGGAGACACUGUAUACAAAUGUAUAUUUGUAAAAGCUAUUUUUAUGAUUAGCAUGUUUUACUGUUGAUCAUAUAUAAAAGUCAGGUGAUAUUGCAAUUAUAAACUUAAAACUUAUUUAUUUCCAACAAUGUCAUGUAAGAAAAGAUACAUUGUAUGCUAGUUUUUAUAAUUUAUUUUUAACUUAUAGUUUAAAGUACUUCAGAUCAUAAGGAUAAAAUACUUGAAAAAUUGUAUUUCUGCCCUCAAUAAGCACCAUUUUUAUUAAUAAAGAAUGCAAAUAUUUCAGAUGUGAUUCAAUAGUUAAAGGAUUGUUGGUUUGACCUGUAAUUAAAUUGAGCAUCCUCUGCUUGACUGAACUGAAAUGAUCCAAUUAAUACCCAGUAUUUCGGUCUGGGUAGGAGAUCCCAUGGAUGGAUUUUAAUGCCAAUACAGAUAAGAACUAGAUUGGCAAGGAAGAUUGUCUUGCCUUUGGAUCCAAAAGUUCAAAUUAGUGCAUACAUCUCUUCAUUCCAUCUCCUGUUACUAAGGAUUCUCCAUUCCCUGGCAUUGCAAGUGCUUUCCAAAUGCCCUUAGCUGUUGUCUUGUGCUGUGGAAAUGGAAGAAACCAUCUUCACAGACUAGGAGAAUUAAGUGUAUAAUUUCUUAAUAAAUACUGCUUCUUUUAAAACAAA